AUGAUUGUUGAACUGUAUCCGUCGGAAAUCCUCUAUCUGCAGGAUUCCAUCAGUCCGAUCUUUAAUAACGGCAUUCCAAUGCUAGCUACGUUUCGUGACUUACUGUACGGCGAUCUCUCAGUGGACGAUAUUCGCACGAUAUCAGUGUUUCAAUGGGAUGUCCGUGGCGAGUGCCAGUGGUACGUACACUCUGGUCAUCGCCGACUGUAUAUGUUUAAACGUCUCCAAAAGCAGGGAGUCGUCGACACUAUAACUGCCUGGGAGCUGCACAAAGUCCGCUGGGGAAGUGUUCAUCGUAAAAAUAACAGUACAACUGGGGGUAAAUCUGUCGUCAUUCGCAAUGACAAAAGCUUCGUUGGUAAUCUUGGCAACAUUAUUAAACGAUGGAAAAACCAGCACCACAACGAAGAUUAUUCUCAACACUAUGAAACAGUAUAUUAUGACACAAGCUCUACCAGCAGUGAUGACUAUUACUAUUACCGGUAUUACUGACUCGGGAUGUUAAACCAUGGAUGGGUUGUUCACCAGAUGUCUUCAGCAGACCUUUUAUAAUCAACAAAGAUAUAUUUUUUUUUACAAUAAAUCCUAAAGAGG